AAGGUUGAAAGGUGAACCGAACCCCUAUUCUCUUCUCUUCUCUUCUCUUGUCUUGUUGGGUGGCUGCUCCUGCUGGACUGGAUCGCUUCUUUGAUCGAAACGAAGCGAAACGAAAAGUGAUCCUUGCUAAAGUGAUCUCUCACUAACAGAAAUUCAGAGGAAGCCUUCAAGCAACUAUGGGUAUAAUCAAGAGUUGCUUCUCUUUCAUAACAGGGACAGUCUGUGGUGUUUACUUGGCCCAGAAUUAUAAGCUUCCCGACAUCACCAAGGUAGCUGACACUGCCUUGUUCAUGGCGAAAAUCAUUGAGGAAAGCUACCGCAAACCCAAGAAGAGGGAUGAUGAUGAUUAGUUCCUAAAUAUCACUGUAUUGGAAUCAGGUUCUUUCUUCGGUUUUUACAAUCCUGGAUUAUAUAGGAUUAAAUAUCUUAACAAAGCUUAACACAAAUUUUUUCGAGAAACCAAAUUAGUAGAAGAUUUUCAUGGAAGCAUUAUUUUGUCCUUUUCAAGGGAAACAUUCUCAUUCUUGUGUUGUCUUGCUUGCUCCAAAUCUUACACUAAGACACAAGUUAAAGAAGUGUUCUAGAGUCAGUUUCUUAGAUCUUGGAAGAUGAGUUAGCUUCAGGCCAGAAACAUGUGUCACGGUCAUCAAAGUUGUAUUUAACACUCAUUUAUAUACCCCUAAUAACAAAAAAAAAUUGUAAUACCAUUCAUUAUCUGAUGCGGUUAAUGAUACAAUCUGGUUGGAGUUUCUUAUCA